CAUCAUGGCAACGCCAUCACUAUGGGCGAACCCCGUGGUUCGUCUCCUUCUUCUCGCAACCCUCGACGACAACAGCCCUCUCCACCACCUACGCGGCCACACUGAUAUCUUGCGAGGUAUCGUCGAGCACCUUCGAGUGCUCUGGCGGUCUCAGCUCCUGCAAAAUGAACGCGGCUACGUCAAGAUGGGUGACAUCGGAUUGCUGCCCGACGACGCCGAUCGGGAUGAGGUCCUUCGCCACAAUUCGCUGCUCGUAGACUUUCCCCCGCCGCUCGCGCAGCUCGUCGACGGCGAGGCGCAGCCGAAACCAUACUACGUCAACAUGAUGCCGUUCAUCAUUGGCCAAGCACGGACAACACUGCCGCCCGAGUGCCGGCGGUAUAUCCCUCUCCUCAACCUCUGCCAAGGCAGCCACAAGAUCGGCUCCAUCGGGUAUUUGACGAUCCACGAAGGUAUCGUCGAGGCGAAUACAUCCCAGCGCCGCCCAGGACUCCACGUCGAAGCUCCGAAUGGAAGCAAACUCGUGAGCAAGGUCGGGGCUGGGCAGUCGCAUUCGGAGUGGCAAGAGAUCCGCUGGGGGCGCGGCUGGUUUCAUACCAACCGCUUGAUUGGCGGCAUCUACAUGGCAUCCACGGUCGCGAGUUCCUGUGGGGUCUGGAACACGGUCGUCGCGGACGAGAACGAUAUUGUCGGUGCCCUUGGCGAGGUGGAUGUCCUCCACGGUGUCUUGGACCCCGACCGUGACGGGUACUACGAGCCGCAAGCCAACGAGCUGUACUGGAUCACGGACCGGACGCCACACGAGUCCCUUCCGGUGGCCACGACGCAAUUUCGGCAGUAUUUUCGCUUUGUCACGAGCAACGUCUCGCACUGGUUUGCAGAGCACUCGACGCCCAACCCACUGGGCAUUCAACCCACAGCCACGAUCGUCUACGGCAACAAGUUUACGGGCAGCCUGAGGACCGAGGUGCCGUUGCCCGACCAACACAAGAAAUCGUGCUCGGUGAUGUAGAUAUAUCGGAAAGAAAAUGGUUGAUAAAAGGAAAUACAGCAAUACGAUCGGUCCAAAGACAGACA